UCGAAUACCUGACCUUCAGGGUCAAAUUAAAAGAAAUUCUUAUAAAAGACCAAGAUUUCUUGAUUGGAAUAGCAAUCGAUAUACAGAAAAUGUAAGUCAAGCAGAUUCACCACUUAUUGAUCCAACAACGAUUGCUGAUUCAAGUCAAUUAAAAGAAUUUAUUACAAAAUUGAAUGAUGCAUUUGACAAUAAUCAAAUGACGAAAGGUACAACGACUCAAAUAAUUGUCGAGUCUUUUCGUCUUCGUCGUUGCUAUUUACAACUUAGUCAAAGCAUGCAACAAAUUUUAAACGAAAUGCGUUUUUCACAACACAUUGCAUUUAUAAAAUUGGGAUUUGAACUUAUUACUAAAGUGUCGUUAUUAGUUGCUACGCAACGAAUUCGGAAAUUUCUAGAUAAUAUUAUUUCAUAUGAAAUGUAUGGUCAAUUACAGAUGAUAGUGUACUGCGUGAUUGAUAUUUUUGAUCACGAUCACGAUCACGAUCACGAAAAAAAAUUCUAA